AUGCUACCCCAAAAUGAAGCUAAUGAAGCUCUAACAAGGAAAAAUACAGUUUUCCUAGAUAUAUACGAUAUUAAGAUUUUACAAUACCAGAUUGCUAUCACUAAAUUAUUGGAAUUGAAAAAUACUUUGCAGAACCUAGAAACAAGCUUGAAGACAAGACAUCCAGACGCAUACAUCGUUCCCUUACUGAAUUACAUUCUUUCGUUGUGCGAAGGUCCUGUACUUAAUGUGCACAUUUCAAUUCGUAAGAGAUAUAGACUACUUUCUCAAUUUAAACUAUGUAAAUUAUCAGAAGUUGGUAUAAUCUCUCCAGACAAUCAAAAUGGUACUUCAGAGAUCAAACAGGUUUACGAAAUACCCAAUAUUGAAUUAGAAGUAUUAUUGCCAGAUGUCUCUGAAGAUAGUUUGUUUUAUUCGAACAAUAUGUACAAUAGAGAUUUACAAUGGAAAUUGUUUCAUUCUUUAUCAUGUAUAAUUGAUAAUUCUUUGAAAAUAUACACAGGAAUGCUAGAUCAAGUCGAAAAGGAAAGAAAUUUAUAUGGCUCUUUAAAUCCUUUUGGUCGAACGGCUAAGUUCAAUUAUAAUUCAAUAGACGACUUACUAGAGUCCCCGGAGGCUAGUCUUUCUUUGGAUAUGGCUGUACUAAUUUCUGAUUUUAACAGAGAUACUUCGUUGGAAUCUUUUAGGAAAUUACAGUUACAACUAUUGAAGAUUAUUAUUAACGGAUUUCAAGAUAAAAUUAAACCGUUUUUAUCCAAAUAUUACUCACAAUUGAAAAUAUUUUCAACUCCUAAUAAUACAAAAAAUACAAAUGAUGUGAUAAUGGACAUUCAAAGUUUGCCACAUUGGGAGUACACUCUCCAUAGACUAUACACCUUUAUUUUUAAAUCAAUUUCUUACAUGGAUAUUUUAAUAUCUCUCUUGAGACAGAUAUAUUUUCCUAAUAAAUUAUAUUUUCAAGAUAUUAAAAUCAAGUUAAGAUCGAAAAAUGUUCAUGAUUAUGAAGAAAUGAUCCAAAUGCUUGAAGAUAUAAGCAAUAACUAUAGAGAUGAUGAAACAAUCAGGUUAUUGAUCAAUUUAUUAGGGAGCUACACAAAACGCGGUUCUUUAUUUUUUGUUCAACCUGAUAAUGUACUAGACUGCUAUAAUAAUGGUGUAGUUAAAGCGUAUGAAAAAUUGAAAUUUUUCAUAAAUUUUUUUAAAAACUGGUACAAGAUUUGGCUACAUAUUGAAAAUAAUAAGGACGGUAAAAAGUUAUUAGAUAACUUAUCUCAAGCUCAACUAUUGAGAAUGCUGAAUGAGAGAAAAAAUGUAGAUCACAAAGGGAUGACUACCUCGAAAGAAGGUUUAAAGAAGAGCAAAAAGUUAUCCACGGCAGAUAAUCAUUUGGCACCUACAACAAAUGUGUCCUCAUUAGCUAAUUCUGGCUCGAAAAAUAAUCUUUCGUUGAAACAUCAAGUUGGUCUUCAACGAAGCUCUUCGAUGAUGUUACGUAAGAGUUCUCCGUCAAGUCCAAGAAGCUCUAUAGGGAUUGUGAGAAGCUCUUCUGUGAAAAGGCUGAGCACUAAAAUUGAUCCAAGUAAUCAUGCAGCGGUCGCAUCUGCGUUAGCGGCAAACUCUAUGAGUACUACACCAACGAGAUCGUCAACUGGUCUAAAGAGGUCAUCAUCAGUAAAUGCUAGACCUUUAUCUGCAAUAGCAUCAAGCCAAGCUGUAUCAUCUCCAAAUUCUUCCUUAAACACUACCCCGAAAGUUUCUCGUAAACCAUCAAACUCUCGUGAAAGCAAGCCCCCAACUCAUAAGAAGAAAUCACUUAAUGAUUUAAAACAACAAUCCUCACAAACUAGACAACGAUCUUCCUCCUUACAGGCUUCAUUCCAUUCUCACCACUUAAUGCCCUCUCAUCCACCACAAAUUAGAGCAAAUUCUUUGGAUACAGAACCUUCGUUAGUUAAUCAAAAAAGAAUUCAAGAGAAUGUGAAUAAAAAUUUAUUAAGGACACCACCAACUGCAAACUCCAAUUCACAUUCAAAAGUGGGGACUCCAACAUCUAUUAAUUCUAAUAAUAGUGGUACCAAAAAUAGUAGACAUUCUAUUUCUACAUUUGCAUCAUUGCGUCCAAAAGAAAAUACAAAUAAUUCUAGUACUAUUAUGGGUUCACCAUUAGGAAGGAAAAGAUAUUCAGCUAUCUCAAACACUAACACGGUAGAUAUUGAUGAUAUCAUGCUUGAUUUAGAUAAUUUGAAAUUAGACAAUGACUCUUCCAAUGUAGUUAAUCAUAAACUUGCCUCAAAAGGUAAAAAUAAUUCCAAUCUAGUCUUUAGUAAUACGGAAAGAUCAAGAUCAAAUGGCUCUAGUAAUUCCAGUAUGGAAUACUCUCAAGAUGAAUGGCAUGAUGCUGAUGGAAUGAUAAGCCCAAACAAUAACGCUUCAGUAAACAGCAGUACAACUUCUUUGGUAAAAAAAGUUAGAUUUGCAGGAGUACCACCAAUUGUUGAAGUUGAUGAGCCUAAAACAACAACCCCAUCAAAGAGACGAAGCUGGCAUAGUAAACCUGAUUACUUGAAUACAUUAUCACCUCCCCCUGGGAUCAUCACAAAUGCUGCAUCUAAUUCAUCUUUACUAAACUCUAGAAAUUCCAAAAAUAGUAACGAAUUUGCAAAGAUAGACCAUACAAGCAGUAAUUCUAUUCAGUAUAGAAAUAAUUUGAAAAAGAGUUAUGAUGAUAUCCCUGAAGAAGGGGAAGAUUUUAACCGAGAAAAUUCACCUCAAAUAAUGACCACGACUACACGACAAGCUAAAAAAUUUGCCAAUCCUUUAAUGAGCAGGCUCAAAUAA